AUACCUGUACCACAGGCAGAAGACUUGGCAGAUGAUACCUGUAGUAAUGAUGAGUAUACAAUCGCCCCAAGGAACCCCUACACUGGGCAGACCUUAAAAGAAGCGGUUACUGAGGAGCUCGUCAAACCUUCAGUUGAAGAGAAACAGCCUAAACAACACAGUCAGAGGAUGCAAUAUCGGGCAACGCCCAUCAAGGGAAAGUAAUCGGCGAUCGCACUGUUUUGGAGGAGACGGAAGAAACCGGAUCAGAGAGCGGAAAUGGACAAGAUACUCUAACCCAGGAUAACAACAGCCCACCAGACAGUCCCGAACUGGAACCUAGGCCUAAACGACAGAGACAUCCACCAACAGUUCUGA